AUGAACGUCACUCAAGUGUUGGAGGGCACCCUGUCGCCGGAUGCGACGACCCGUACAAAUGCUGAACAACAACUCCUCCACGCGGCGGAGGUUGACUUCGCCGGUUACCUCACUACCCUUGGUCAAGAGUUGGCGAACGAAAGCGCCGCUCCGCACAUCAGAACCGCCGCCGGUCUGGCUUUGAAAAACGCUUUCACUUUCAGAGAUCUCGCCAAGUUAAGGGAGGUACAGGAGCGAUGGAUUUCGGGGAUCAGCCCCGAGGUAAAGGCACAGGUCAAGGAGCUGGCGCUCAAGACUCUUGCUUCCAAGGAUGCCCGGGCCGGCCAGUCUGCUGCUCAGUUCAUCGUUUCGAUCGCCGCCAUCGAGCUUCCCCGUAACGAAUGGCCAGAGCUGAUGAACCACCUGGUUCAGAGCGUUGCAACCGGCACCGAUCAGCUGAAACAAGCCUCCCUCAUCACAAUCGGUUUCAUCUGCGAGUCGCAAGAUCCAGAGCUGCGGGAAAGUUUGGCUGCCCACUCUAAUGCCAUCUUGACGGCCGUUGUCCAGGGUGCCCGGCGCGAGGAGCCCAACAUGGACAUUCGCAAUGCCGCCAUCAAAGCCCUCAGUGAUUCGGUGGACUUUGUGCGUUCCAACAUGGAGAACGAGGGCGAACGGAAUUACAUCAUGCAGGUGGUUUGCGAGGCCACGCAGGCCGAUGAUCUCCGUGUCCAGGCCGGUGCUUUCGGUUGCCUGAACCGGAUUAUGGGUUCAUACUAUGAUAAGAUGCGUUUCUACAUGGAGAAGGCUCUCUUUGGCUUGAGCAUCAUGGGCAUGAAGAGCGAGGAGGAAGACGUUGCCAAGCUCGCCAUUGAGUUUUGGUGCACCGUUUGCGAGGAGGAAAUUGCCAUUGAGGAUGAUAAUGCGGCGGCCCAAGCCGAGGGUGCCUCCGAAAUCCGCCCGUUCUUCAACUUUGCCCGUGUCGCCUGCAGAGAAGUCGUUCCUGUCCUGUUGCAAUGCAUGUGCAAGCAAGAUGAGGAUGCCACCGACGACGAGUACAACAUUUCCCGCGCAGCUUACCAGGCCCUGCAGCUUUACGCUCAGUGCGUGCAGGGUGAUAUCAUCCAGCCUGUCCUGACCUUCGUCGAGGAGAACAUUCGCAACGAGGAUUGGCGUCACCGUGAUGCCGCAGUUGCUGCAUUUGGCGCUAUUAUGGACGGUCCCGAUCCUAAGAUUCUGGAGCCUUUGAUCAAGCAGGCCCUGAGUGUUUUGAUUAGCAUGAUGGAGGAUAGUUCCAUCCAGGUCCGUGACUCUACGGCCUACGCGCUCGGGCGCGUUUGUGACUUCUGCUCCGAGACCCUUGACCCUGACGUGCACCUUCAACCCCUUAUUACUUGCCUUUUCAACGGCCUUGCUAGUAGCCCCAAGAUCGCCAGCUCUUGCUGCUGGGCUUUGAUGAACGUUGCCGAUCGGUUCGCUGGUGAUGUCGGUGCUCACACCAACCCACUGUCGAAGCACUUCCAGGACAGUGUUAAGUCCCUCCUUACCCUCACUGAGAGGCAGGAUGCCGACAACCAGCUCCGCACCGCUGGAUAUGAGGUGCUCAACUCGUUCGUCACCAACGCCGCCAACGACAGCCUGCCCCUGGUCGCGACACUGUCCGAUGUUAUGAUCCAGCGUCUGGAGCAGACCGUCCCCAUGCAGCAACAAGUUGUCAGUGUCGAGGAUCGUAUCACCCUGGAGGAGGUGCAAACCUCAUUGACCAGUGUACUCCUGGCUAUUGUUCAGCGUCUUGAAACGGAGAUCAAGCCCCAGGCCGACCGCAUCAUGCACGUCAUGCUCCAGUCCAGUGUUCCCGACGUCGUGUUCGCCACUGUGGGUGCCAUCGCCAGCGCUCUGGAGGAGGAGUUUGUCAAGUACAUGGAAUCCUUCACUCCUUUCCUGUACAAUGCGCUUGGCAACCAGGAAGAGCCAGCGCUCUGCUCCAUGGCCAUUGGCCUGGUCAGUGAUAUCGCCCGCGCCUUGAACGAGAAGGUCCAGCCUUAUUGCGAUGCCUUUAUGAACUAUCUGCUGAACAACUUGAGGAGUGCUACCAAUCAGCUUAAGCCCGCGAUUCUCGAAACCUUUGGAGAUAUUGCCCAGGCUAUCGGGACUCAAUUCGAUGUAUACUUGCCUGUCGUUGCCCAGGUCCUUCAGCAGGCCUCGGCCGUCACAGCCAGUACCGACGUAACUAUGGAAAUGCUUGACUACAUUGUCUCGCUUCGUGAGGGCAUCAUGGAUGCUUGGGGUGGUAUCCUUCUGACCUACAAGGGCAAGCCCCAGGCCGCUCAGCUCCAGCCCUAUGUUGAGUCAAUUUUCCAGCUCCUCCACAUCAUCUCUCAGGACAUGAGCCGUAGUGAGGGUCUCAUGAGGGCAUCUAUGGGCGUCCUUGGUGAUCUUGCAGAUACAUUCCCUAAUGGAGAGUUCGCUAGCUUCUUCCGCAAUGAAUGGGUCACCGCGCUUGUUAGGGAGACUAGGAACAACCGGGAAUACAGCCCUCGAACCAUUGACACCGCUCGGUGGACACGCGAGCAGGUCAAGCGUCAGGUCAGCAUGUCCACGGCGGCUGCCAUGGCUUAA